UGUCCCGCACUGUCUCCGGACUUCGGACCUCACGGCGUCGGCUUCCCUGGCCUCGGCCGGUGCGCCACAGGCAACUCUGGUCGCUUUGAAGAAAGAAGAGUUAAAAAAAAAAAAAGUAGAAUAAGUCAUGUCGGAGAUACUGGACCUUUCUUUUCUGUCUGAGGUAGAAAGGGAUUUGAUCCUCAGUGUUCUACAGCGAGAUGAGGAGCUCCGGAAAGCAGAUGAGAAAAGGAUUAGGCGACUGAAGAAUGAGUUACUGGAGAUAAAAAGGAAAGGGGCCAAAAGGGGCAGCCAACACUAUAGUGAUCGGACCUGUGCCCGGUGCCAGGAGAGCCUGGGCCGUUUGACUCCCAAGACCAAUACUUGUCGGGGUUGUAAUCACCUGGUGUGUCGGGACUGCUGCAUCCAGGAAAGUAAUGGUACCUGGAGGUGCAAGGUGUGCGCCAAGGAAAUAGAGCUGAAGAAAGCGACUGGAGACUGGUUUUAUGACCAGAAAGUGAAUCGCUUUGCUUACCGCACAGGCAGUGAGAUCAUUAGGAUGUCCCUGCGCCGCAAACCUGCAGUGAAUAAAAGAGAGACAGUGGGACAGUCCCUCCUUCAUCAGACACAGAUGGGCGAUAUCUGGCCAGGAAGAAAGAUCAUUCAGGAGCAAAAGAAGGAGCCCAGUGUGCCAUUUGAAGUGCCAAAGCUGAAAAGUGGCAAGAGUGCACUGGAGGCCGAGAGUGAGAGUCUGGAUAGCUACACAGCUGACUCCGAUAGCACCUCCAGGAGAGACUCUCUGGAUAAAUCUGGCCUUUUUCCAGAAUGGAAGAAGAUGUCCGCCCCCAAAUCUCAAGUACAAAAGGAGACUCAGCCUGGGGAUCAAAGUGUGGUAUCUGUCGAUGAGGGUGAAAUGAUAUUCAAGAAGAACACCAGAAAAAUUCUCAGGCCUUCAGAGUACACUAAAUCCGUGAUAGAUCUUCGCCCGGAAGAUGUGGGACAUGAAAGUGGCUCCUUGGGAGACAGAAGCAAAUCUGUCCCAGGCCUCAGUGUGGAUAUGGAAGAAGGAGAAGGAGGAGGAGAAGAAGAAGAAGAAGAGGAAGAAGAAGACAUUGACCAUCUGGUGAAGUUGCAUCGUCAGAAGCUAGCCAGAAGCAGCAUGCAAAGUGGCUCCUCCAUGAGUACGAUUGGCAGCAUGAUGAGCAUCUACAGUGAAGCUGGUGAUUUUGGGAACAUCUCUGUGACUGGCAGGAUUGCCUUUUCUCUGAAGUAUGAGCAGCAAACACAGACUUUGGUCAUCCAUGUGAAGGAGUGCCACCAGCUGGCCUAUGCUGAUGAAGCCAAGAAGCGCUCUAACCCAUAUGUGAAAACUUAUCUUCUGCCUGACAAGUCCCGCCAAGGAAAAAGAAAAACCAGCAUCAAACGGGAUACCAUCAGUCCACUAUAUGAUGAGAUCCUCAGGUAUGAGAUCCCAGAAUCUCUCCUGGCCCAGAGGAUCUUGCAGUUCUCGGUUUGGCAUCAUGGUCGUUUUGGCAGAAACACUUUCCUUGGAGAGGCAGAGGUCCAAAUGGAUUCCUGGAAGCUUGAUAAGAAACUGGAUCAUUGCCUCCCUUUGCAUGGAAAGAUCAGUGCUGAGUCCCUGACUGGCUUGCCGUCACACAAAGGCGAGUUGGUGGUUUCAUUGAAAUACAUCCCAGCCUCCAAACUCCCUGUUGGAGGUGACCGGAAAAAGAGUAAAGGUGGGGAAGGGGGAGAGCUCCAGGUGUGGAUCAAAGAAGCCAAGAACCUGACGGCUGCCAAAUCAGGAGGGACUUCAGACAGCUUUGUCAAGGGAUACCUCCUUCCCAUGAGGAACAAGGCCAGUAAGCGUAAAACUCCUGUGAUGAAGAAGACCCUGAAUCCCCACUACAACCAUACAUUUGUCUACCAUGGUGUGAGGCUGGAAGAUCUACAACACAUGUGCCUGGAGCUGACUGUGUGGGACCGGGAGCCCCUGGCCAGCAAUGACUUCCUGGGAGGGGUCAGGCUGGGUGUUGGCACUGGGAUCAGUAAUGGGGAAGUGGUGGACUGGAUGGACUCGUCUGGGGAAGAAGUGAGCCUAUGGCAGAAGAUGCGACAGUAUCCGGGGUCUUGGGCAGAAGGGACCCUGCAGCUCCGUUCCUCAAUGGCCAAGCAGAAGCUGGGUUUAUGAGUUGCUGUCCUCCUCUGCAGGGGCAGCCCUGGCCAGGGCAAGUCAGAGGAAGUGAAGAAACCAAGAGCAAAGAUUUAUAAUUUAAUGUGUGUGUGUUGUGUAUGUGUGUGUACAAACAUGUAUUUCUGCAAAUCUCUUUAUGUUAGCUAGAGUGAUGCAGACUUGUUCCCAUUUUUAAAGCGGGCUUAAGAAUAAGGGUUGCUUCAAUAUGUUUUUAUUUGUGCAUAAUCUAAUAUAUUUUCAGAGUCCAUUCUUUCUUAUAUGUUUAUGAGAUUAAAUUAACUUAAAAAAAUCUUUUAAAACAACUUUUUAUCUUCUGUCUUGCUAUCCCUGUUCCUACUUCCCCAGGAGGCCCUAGCUACCUUUGGCAUUAGUACCAGUCGAUGAUUUGAGGUGUGCCUGAUUGGAGGCCAAGGCUCUGGGAAGCAGGGUUGGGUUACUAAAGAAAGGGGAAUAUGAGGGAGAUGUGAUUAGGUCCUCUCCUUUCUCUCUGAUUUAUGCUCUUAACUCAUUUUCUACCUUAAUAAAUUUCUGGAAUUUGGCUUUUAACUUUCGUUGACUUUAAACAGUUUCCACCUUGCUUGGGUCUAAUGGUUUUCUUUGAAAUGCUAAGAAAAUUCCCAGUUCCUUCCAGUUCUAGACACCUUUACUAGACCUUUGGGGGACCCUUAUAAUGGAGCCGCUUUAGAAAGCACUUUAGACAAUAGCCUUUUGACUGAGUCAUGAACAUGCCCAACGAGAGCAUCUAGCUGAUCCCAGAGGACCUGAGUGACUGAGGGUAAGGUGUCUUACAGCCCAUGCUGAAUUCUGUGCAUUUUAAACUGGCACAGCAAUUGUUGGAGAGAGUACUCCUCAUUUCUCUAAUAAAAGAUGAGACAUAUUCACUCUCAUGUAGCACAUCUUUCUUAGUGUACCUGUCUGGAGUGUCUUACCACACAGAAUAUGGCCCAGAUGCCACUAUGUCAGCCAGAAGAGCCAAGAAUUAUCUAAACUGGCCCAGUGUUUCUCCAGGCUGGGACAGUUAGUGCUCUGCAAGAAUGUGGACAGAGAACCUCCCAGUUAUUUUGACUUCCUACCUGAUGUGGCUUUGGUUUUUGUUUUUCCUGUUGUUUCCUAAACUUGGCCUACAUGUAACAUGGGUGUGGUGUGUCGAGGCUUUUCAAUAAAGGGUCUGGUGAGCUAAGUUUCAUUUUCUGUUACUCACUUCCAAACUGAACUUUUUAUUUUUACAAGUGUGUGUGGAAGGAGUGUAUACCAGAGAAGAAAUCCCUUUCAAUAAUCAGCUGCUAGCUGACUUUCCUAUAAGGCCACUGCAUAGAAAGCACCUAUGUUGGUUUCUAUUGUAUGUGUGAACCGAAUGGAGGAAUUUUUAAAAGAUUUAUUUGGUGUGGAUUGAUAUUGUAAUGGAAGGCAUAACUUGGGAUCCUGGGCUAUAACUUGCUCUUUUGUUUUCUACCCUCUGACAUGUAUAUGUGCUUCAAUAAAGCUUUCUCACUUGU